UACGAUUAAUAUCUUGGGGAGGUCCAAUGAGUUGGGAUAUUUGCAAAGUGAUAAAUUCUGGUGAGCCAAACACAUGUCGGUCGACGACAGCUAGUGCCAUCCUCCCACAAACUCUUCCAAACUCCCUUCCAAAACCUCCAAUUUGAAAAAAUAUAUAUAGCCAACCUGUAUCAUACCAAGCAACCCCUUCAUAAUUUUCAACCAUCCAUUAGCCGGGGGCUAUAACCUAGCUACUUCCUCUCCAAACCACCGUAGGUGCCGGCGGAAUUAAGAUCGGAACUAGUGAGAAUGGAGUUGUCCCCGGUUAACAUGUCGUGGACGAACGAGAAGCACGUCAAGUUUUUGAACAGCAUGGAGGAAUCCUUCGUGCGUGCCAUGCUUGAGAAGAAGAAGAAUAACAAGGAUCACCGUCAUCCUCCUCGUCUCGACCGCUACUUGCCGGACACCUCCGACUCAACCCUGGAUCUCAAAACCAGCAGCAGAAUCACCAAAAACCGUAACUCCUUACAAGGUGGCAGAAUGGGCGGUAGAUGUGAAAAAAGAUCGAGGACGGUAUCAUCUCAGCCUUCCAAUGCAUCACAAGAUCAGGUGGUCCCACAGAUUGAAAUCAGAACGGCUGGUGAUAAAGAUGAGAUGGAGCAACAAAAUGUUAAUGUACCAGAUCAGCUGGCACUGGCUGCACCAACCAACUGAUCAGAUCAACCGUCCAUCCAUGGCUAUGAUUAGAUCUUGCUAACGUUACUUAGCAUUAAUAACUAUUUCUAGGGUUUUCUUUUAUUUGGCGGGUAAAUGAUAGCGAUGUUUUAAUUGAUUUUUCAACGGAAGAAGAGAAAAAGGACAAUAAGAAACGGAUGAAGAAAUAGUACCAAAUCUUGAUCUUUAAUUCCGGGAAAAAUCUUAUCUUUUGGGAUAGAGCUUGAUGAAUUUGACUUGGACAGAUAUUUUUAUCAAUGGAUGUGAUUGUGUGGAUUGAUCACAAAAUUAUUGAAGGGACAUUACAUAAUUCAUAUCCCUUUUUGUGUAGUUACAAUCCAGAUGUUUCAUGAAUCAUGAAUAUUAAUUA